UACCCGGAGAACGCCAUCAUGGGCUGGCGAAAAUCAGGAACGUGGCCUGUCAGCAAGGGUGUCGUGUACAAACGGGCGGGCUUCGAUCUUCCGGAAGCCAGGGAUGUGCUUGAUCCUACGGAAUUGAAAGCUCCCACCAAUAAAGAGGAGUUCUAUACCCUGCUGGAUCAGAUGCUUUCCAGCCCGCCGGAAACCUCGACCCAGCUACGCGAAUUUUUGAUGGAUUGCUUUUAUCAGAAAAGUCGCAGUAUUGACUUACUCCAAGAGAAUUUAAGCAAUCACUACGAUGUACAAGUAGUCAUCGAGCGUGACCUCCCUGAAACAGACGCAGAGGUUACGAAGCGACGCGCCGAAGAUGAUCCAGCUGCACGUACAGCAUCCGGCGAAAGGUCAUUGUUCAAACGUCAGAACAUGAACUCAACUCCUAAUCCUGAGCCGAUUCAAUUAAGCAGUCAGCCGAUACAACCUCCCAAUGCAUCGCUCAAUGCAGGGCUCCAGCCAGAAUGGCACUCUAGCAGGAACUCAUAUGGCUGCAUUGGAAGUGUUUUACCUCACGCAGGGCCAAGCAUUUAUCCGACAGGACCGUUCUCUGGUACCUCGCAGUAUCCUGGCAAUCUAUGGCAAUACGAAAGCUAGAUCUUCUACCAGCACACAAACUCCAACACACCCAAGGGCAGUCUCAGCACGACGAUUGAACCACUGACCCCUCUUUAACAGAAGGCAUUCGCUGGUGGUCACCCACCCAACUAGGGUGGCUGCUGCCCCGGCGGAGCUAGACGGCGAAGCCGCUUUAUCGUCGCGCGAUCAGGG